AUGGCCACGCAGGCCCUGGCCGUCAAUGGCGCCAAAGUCUACAUCACCGGCCGCACGGGCUCGAAGCUCGACCGCGUCUCCGAGCUCUACGGCCAGAACAUCCGCGGCCAGAUCAUCCCGCUCCCCGCCGACAUCACCGACAAGCAGUCGAUCGCGCAGCUGGCGCAGGCGAUCGCCGCGCGCGAGGACCACCUCUCCAUCCUGAUCAACAACGCCGGCAUCUCCAGCCACCCGCAGAGCGCCGAGCCCCACGACGCGCCGACGCUGCGGCAGAACCUCUUCGACGACCCGCCGUCGCAGCCCGCGGAGUGGGACCGCGUGUUCCGCACCAACGUGGCGCAGCUGUUCUUCACGACGACGGCGUUCCUGCCGCUGCUGGCGCGCGGCACCGAGCGCGAGCGUGAGCGCGGCUGGUCCAGCACCGUCAUCAACAUCUCGUCGAUCUCGGGCAUCGUGAAGACCGCGCAGCACCAUUUCGCGUAUAAUGCGUCCAAGGCGGCGGCGACCCACCUGACCAAGAUGCUGGCGCGGGAGAUCAGCUCGUCGAACCUGAAGAUCCGCGUGAACGAUCUCGCCCCCGGCGUGUUUCCCAGUGAGAUGACGGCGGGCGAGAGCGACGAGAAGCAGAAGAGCUUCAUCCCGCGGGAGAAGUACGAGCAGAAGGUCCCUGCGGCCCGGCCGGGUACGGACGAGGAUAUGGCCAGCGCCGUGCUCUUCACGGCCACGAACCAGUAUCUCAAUGGGCAGACGAUUGUGGUUGAUGGCGGGUAUGUGCUUGCCGUUGGGAGCAUCUAG